AUGAUAAAGGAAAAGCCAAAAUCGGUCGGUGAAUUCGCCUUAAUGCGGAGCUAUGAUCGACACGUUACUAAGUUAGGCUCUAAAUUUGAAGGUCCGAUGAAAAUUUUAGAAAUAUUACCAAAUAAUCGAUAUAGACUUAAGCAUGUUAACUUUCGUGGCUAUUCAGAAAAUAUUGCAAGUCGCGAUGCUUUACGUUCUGCUCCCAUAGCUCAAUCACACCCUUAUAAUAAUUCUGACAACUCAGACGAAUUGACCGUAUGGGCACAGAAAUCUGUGGAGACCGAGGGUGCUUCCACUCCCUCUGCGGACAAUGUUGAUUAUAUAUGA